AUGUUCAGACCGUUGGUGAAAAGAGUCGUAACUCGCCGUUUUCUAGCGGCUGCUAAUAACAGUAAUGCCCAUAUAGAGAUCAGGACUCUAGAAGAUCUUGCCAAGCUUCAAUCACUCGAUAACGUGGAUCCUAAGUUAAUUAGUAAGUUAAUCAAUGACAAGACUAACGAGCUUAAUAUUAAGAACGAACUACAGAUGUUGAAACAGUUACAGGCAGAAGAACAGAAGACACAGGAGACUUCUCUCAAGAAGUUUGUUAGGCCAGCAUGGAUCUUUCUACUAAUGGGUUCUAUCGUAUAUCUUUCUUGUCAUUAUGUAUGGUGGAAAUUAGAUUACGAGGAAAAAGAACUCGAAUAUACGCAUAAAGUGCACCAGUUGGAAAGCGAACUAGCUGCAUUGAACGAAGCACACAAUUCUUCGGUAUCUUCAGAUAAAAAUUCUAAAAGGUCAAGCAGGAAGUGGUAUAAAUUUUGGUAA